AAGAAAGGCAAGAAGACGGUAGGCAGGUGGGAGAAGCGAAUGCUGUACGAUUCGACGCAUACUUCGGUGAAGUGCACAUGGUGGGAAGCUUGUGAGCAACAACACAGCCGCAUGGCUUCUCCGAUUCGCACAUCCCUUGUUCUCAUCACCUCGACUCAUUGCCCACCUCAUCCAGCCUGCGUUCCGCUGCCCUUAUCCCCCAAAACCUGCAGCCGACCAUGCUAUUACCCUGUGCCAACUCAAGCUCAAUUCUGUGGAGUUGGGUGCCUUGGCCAUUUACUUUUGUAGCCUACCUGUUGGCCUCCACUCGUUUCUUUUCCCCCACCUUUUGGUGCCCUCCUUGCUGUUAUUCUAAUGUAUUGUCAGUGUACAGAGGACCCUUUUUGACCCACUGCCCAGUGACCACUACAGAAGGAAGAAGCAUCACCUCUAUAUAUCAGCCGGAAGUGGCUUCCGGUUUCCACCCACUUAUCUCUCUCUCUCUCUCUCUCUCUCUCUCAUCCCAAUCCACACAUGGGUGGUGGCAGUAGUGAAGCUUUCUUCACAUUCCUUGUCUUCCUCGCGAUGUCUUCAGCUGCGGCUUGUGAUAGGUGUGUGCAUCAGUCUAAGGCAGCCUAUUUCUCCUCCUCUUCUGCUCUCUCUGCUGGGGCUUGUGGAUAUGGUUCCAUGGCUCUGGGCUUCGAUGGAGGCUAUGUCGCAGCUGGGAGCUCCGCCAUUCACAGAGGGGGUGUUGGCUGUGGAGCAUGCUUCCAGAUCAGAUGCAAGAACACAUCACUCUGCAGCACCGGAGGAGUGAAGGUGAUCCUGACAGACCUCAACAAGAGCAACACCACCGAUUUCGUGCUCAGCGGCCCUGCUUUCACGGCCAUGGCACGAAAUGGCAAGCUCCAAGAGCUCAAGAAACUUGGCAUCUUGGAUGUGGAGUACAAGAGGAUUCCCUGUGAGUACAAGAACCACAACCUAUCGAUCAGGGUGGAAGAGAAGAGCAAAAGUCCCAACUAUUUGGCCAUCAAGUUCAUGUACCAGGGCGGUCAGACUGACAUAGUGGCAGUGGAUGUCGCUCAGGUCGGGUCAACGAACUGGCGGUUCAUGAGCCGGGACUACGGUCCGGUCUGGAGCACGAGCCGGGCGCCGGCCGGACCGCUGCAGCUCCGGGUUGUGGUGACGGGCGGCUACGACGGCAAGUGGGUGUGGGCGCCGAAGCCGGUCCUGCCGGCCGAGUGGAGAACCGGGUCGAUCUACGACAUGGGUGUUCAGAUCACCGACGUCGCCCAGGAAGGCUGCUUCCCUUGUGAUCCACAAGACUGGAACUGAUACUAGAAUCCCGUCCCUUUCUUCUUCUUCUUCUUCAUCUUCUUCUUGAUUCACGGAUACUAACCUAAAGGAGAUUGCAAUGCUUGUUUCCUUAUACA